GAGGGAAGAUUCAGAACUUGCCAAAUAGAGAGCGGUCCCGUGAGCUCAGAGGAGGAUGGCAUCACUUCAAAUUCUGCAGCAGAAACAGCCAUCGCUCCAAACCACGCACCACUUCUGCUCCACCAUACAGAUCCAUCACAGCAUUCUUCCGAAGAUAGAAAGAUUCCCACAGUUAAAAGACCGCCCGCCUGUUGCAAUUGUGGGAAACGCUUUUCUAACAGAACCCUCCUUCAGAGACACGAAAAAAGCCAUGCCGGCGAGAAGCCAUUUUUAUGUUCCAUCUGCGAUAAACGUUUUAUCCAAAAAUCCUGUCUCAUCCGGCAUGAGAUAAUUCAUACGAGAGAGAAGCCAUACUCCUGCCCCGAAUGCGAGAAAAGUUUCCCUCAUAAAUCCCAGCUGCAAAUGCAUCAAAGAAUCCACACCGGCGAUUUGCAGUUUUCGUGUUCUGACUGCGACAGACGUUUUGUACAGAAAUCACAGCUCGUCCGACAUCGCAAAACGCACACGGGCGAGAAGCCGUUUUCCUGUUUGGAAUGUGGAAAGUGUUUUCCACUGAAGCAAAGUCUUGAUAAACAUCACAUGUUGCAUACCGGGGAGAAGCCACAUGAGUGUUCCGAGUGCGGGAAGAGUUUCAGGCUGAAACACACUCUUGACAAACACCGACUGACUCAUACUGGGGUGAAGCCAUAUUCUUGCUCGAUAUGUGGGAAAUGGUUUACAGUAAAUCGUAGUCUAUCUAUCCAUCAGCGGCUUCACACGGCCGACAAGACGUUUUCCUGUUCAGAGUGCGGGAAAUGUUUUACCCGGAGGGACUGUCUUAUUACGCAUCACCGGAGUCAUACAGGGGAAAAGCCUUACUCAUGUUCCCAGUGUGGGAAAUGUUAUUCCCAUAAAACGGGUCUUACGAAGCAUGAAAAAGUUCACAGAGGGGGGAGAAGCCAUAUUCAUGUUGAAUGUGCGGGAGAGGCUUCAAAAGACAAACCGUGUUGA